AUGAGUGUCGCCUCAGCUGAGUGGAAACCAGUCCUCGCUGCUAAAUCUGAGGCUUCUGACCACACAGUGUCUGACGUUUUAACCAGUGAGCUUCUUAGAGAGAACCCAUACUCCAGAAGACCCAAGAAGGAUUCUUCCACUUCCCAAUCGCCUCACGAAAGACUCGAGGUUCAAACUGACUCCUCCAGACUGUCUCUGAUUCCAGCUUCUGACCACUACUAUAAGACCCAGAGCAUGGAGGGAGACCAGACUGUCCAGGCAAGACCUUCAAUGAAGGAUAAACAGCUUCCACAGAGCCCAUCUCAGGGAAGCACGAAUAUGAUAGACAGACGUACGCAUCUUCAGCUUCACAGUGGGCCUCUUCAUCAAGUGCCUGAGAGGUUCUCCCAGUAUAUAGCUGAUGCGCCUAAGCCUACCAGGUCUCAGCACUCUUCCAGUCUUUAUAGUGACAGAAGGGAUAUUUCAGACUCCAUGGGCUCGCAAGCUACGAUUUUUUCCACAAGACAGGAUCUGUUGAACCAUAGAUCAAAGUCAAAGCUUAGAAAUAGAGCUGGUUUACGCCGUAAACCUACCAAGGCAGGCCCAGACUAUGGCCAGACGCCUUCUCAGGGUCUUUUCAGAAGAAAAGCUCUUCGGUCUAAUGAAGGUUCCAUGAGCUAUAGACUUAAGCUUCGGUUGAGGAAAAUGGUUGCAAAAUUGAAGGCCAUGAAGCACUGGCCAAGAAGAAUACAUGCAUUUGUUACCAAGAAGAAGGCUACGCAAAGAGCUACGAUGAAUAGGUCUGGUUCAAGCAAACGCAAGAACUCCAACCCCGUUUCUCGUCCAGCAGUGAUUUCUGCUCCUCUCAAGAACCCAUACUUGGGCAGUGAACAAGGUGCUGCUAAGGUUGAAGGACUCACUGAUGAACUUAAACACAUGGCUGGCCAUGAAGUUCACGAAUCCACUGCAACCAGAGCUCCUGCUCCACCUGCUGCACCUGCUGUUCCAAUGACGGCAAUCUCAUCUCAACCUUCAUCGAAACCAAGCAAAGGUGCCGAUGGUAAAUGGUCGCAUCUUUCUAAGUUCAUUAACGAACAGCAGGAGCUCAGCAGUCCAGUUCUGAGCAAGCCUUACACUUCUAGUGCUGCAUUUUCAGAUCCUAAUGCUCCUCAACCUCCUCCACACACUGUGUCUGCUUCUCUUGAGAACCAGCGGAUCCAGGCUCUUUGGAGACGCUACUUGUCGAACGUUCUUGCCCAGAGAAUCCAGUUACGUCAGGAAAUCACCAUGUUCCAAGCCCUUAUGGCUGGCCAAAGCGUUCCUUCGAUGUUGAAGGGCACUCCUGAAGUAGCUCUGUCUUAUAACGCUAGCAUUGUCAAGGGAGGAAGUGACAGAGGUACCAACUCCUCUCAUCUUGGCGAACCAGUCUCCAGGGCUCAGUCAGCAGCUUCUGGAAAAGUACUUGCCCAGACCAUUGCUGAAUCAGAAAAUGCUGAUGACGACGAUAUGGUUUCUCUCGUCUCCGUGUCUGAUUCCAUCUUGUCUGAUAACGACGUCGUCUCUUUGCCUGAAGAGGUCUCAGAUUGGGAAGAAGACCCUACUGUCGAGAAGCUUCAUCAAACACUCAAUCGUCGUUCUGUCCUUGGUGAGAUGUUGGACUACGAGUCGGAUGACGCUUCUCUGGCGUCUGGUUCUUCAGUUUACCUGGGUCUGUGUGCUCAAUCAGUAACAGAGUCUGCCAUAGUCAAGCGUUAUGGUACUCUUCGGCGCAAGAAGUCCACUGCUGCAAAUACGCCUGGACCAGCUAGUCCUGUUCCAAUGACGCCUCCACCAGCAACACCAAGCUCAAAGUAUCUGGAUAGUCCUAUGGAACCGGCACUUCAUAUUCCACGUUCAUCUGGAAUUCAUCGUAAUCUUAACUUUGCCUCUUCGGCAAACUAA